CCCGGUACAAAUAGCAGCUUUCUGCAAAUCCCUUUCAGGAUAUGGCUUCCAGAUUUGUUUCAUCCAUCCCCAUGUCUGCCAAUAACUUCACAGUCCCCGCCCUGGGCUUCUCCCACCGCUUGGUUCCCUUCCACAUCCGCCUCUCUCCGCCACCGGUCACUGCCAUUUCCUUGGGAACCUCAAUAUCAUCUGCUCCUGUUACGAUCAGGUCCUCGUCCCUUUCCAUCCCAUCCACUGUUGAUGAAGCCGGCAGGAAGUUUGUUGAAGCCUCAAAACAUGGAAAUUUGAUUCCCCUCUACCAGUGCAUAUUCGCUGACCAGCUUACCCCUGUUCUUGCAUACCGAUGUUUGGUUAAGGAAGAUGACCGCGAGGCUCCGAGCUUUCUCUUUGAAUCUGUGGAGCCUAAUGUCCAAGUUUCUGUUGGCCGCUAUAGUGUUGUCGGGGCUCAACCAGUCAUGGAAAUUGUGGCAAAGGAGAAUAAAGUUACAAUAACGGACCAUGAAUUUGGGCAUCUGACUGAGGAAAUUGUUGAUGAUCCAAUGUCGAUUCCCAGAAGAAUCUCAAAGGGUUGGAAACCCUGUCUCACUGACGAGCUUCCGGAUGCAUUCUGCGGAGGCUGGGCGGGUUAUUUUUCAUAUGACACAGUUCGCUACGUUGAAAAGAAAAAGCUACCAUUUUCAAAGGCUCCGGAGGACGACAGACACCUUGCGGACAUACAUCUGGGCCUCUAUGAUGAUGUGGUUGUGUUUGAUCAUGUGGAGAAGAAAGCAUACGUAAUUCAUUGGGUGAAGCUGGACCGAUACUCCUCUGCCGAGGAAGCUUACAAAAAGGGGAUGGAACGGCUAGAAAAGCUAGUGUCAAGAUUAAAAGAUGUCGAGCCCCCAAGGCUAUCUCCAGGUGAUGUGAAUUUGCAGACUCGCCGUUUUGGUCCUCCUUUGAAGACGUCGAAUAUGACAAGCGAAGAAUACAAGGCGGCAGUCGUUCAGGCGAAACAACAUAUUGAGGCAGGGGAUAUUUUCCAGAUUGUAUUAAGUCAACGUUUUGAGCGCAGAACAUUUGCUGAUCCGUUUGAAAUAUAUAGAGCACUGAGAGUUGUCAAUCCGAGUCCGUAUAUGGCUUAUUUGCAGGCUCGAGGAUGUAUUCUGGCUGCUUCGAGUCCUGAAAUCCUUACUCGCGUGAAGAAGAAUAAGAUAGUGAAUCGUCCAUUGGCUGGGACAAUUAGAAGGGGCAAGACUUUAGAAGAAGAUAAGAAGCUAGAGGUGAAACUUCUGAGUGAUGAAAAGCAAUGCGCGGAGCAUGUCAUGCUUGUUGAUUUAGGACGCAAUGACGUUGGGAAGGUCUCAAAACCUGGUUCUGUGAAAGUGGAAAAGCUUAUGAAUGUUGAACGGUAUUCCCAUGUCAUGCAUAUAAGCUCAACGGUCACGGGCGAGUUGCCAGACCAUUUGACAGGAUGGGAUGCCCUGCGCGCCGCAUUACCUGUUGGAACCGUCAGUGGAGCCCCAAAGGUGAAGGCCAUGGAAUUGAUAGAUGAGAUGGAGGUGACGAGGCGUGGGCCUUACAGUGGAGGCUUUGGGUGGAUCUCUUUCACUGAGGACAUGGACAUUGCGCUAGCUCUCAGGACAAUGGUAUUUCAAACAGGAAUUAGAUAUGAUACUAUGUACUCGUACAAAGGCAAGAACCAGCGCAAGGAAUGGAUCGCUCAUCUUCAAGCUGGUGCUGGUAUCGUGGCUGACAGUGUCCCUGAGGACGAGCACCAAGAGUGUCAAAACAAAGCUGCCGGUCUUGGUCGCGCCAUUGACUUGGCUGAAUCUGCUUUUGUUCAUAAAUGAGAUCUACAAACAAUAAGCACGAGAAUAUGUAUCCCCUCUGAAAUUUUAGAUCUCUCACAAGCGGAACUCAUCACUAUGCGAGAUUUAUAUAUAUAUAUAUUGCACGUGUUUCCAUCCCCGUUAUUAC